CUCGGCCUCGGGCAUCCGGCGAGGCGCCGGCCGUGGACGCUGCUGCGUCGGAGGUGGCCGGGUCGCUGGCCUGGCUGUUGCCGUCUCCUCACGUGAUCUGCCCUCAGAGCCGCCUUUUUUUCACAGCCGCCCAGGCUCGCUCUCGGCGGGAUCUCGCAAAGACCCAGCCGCGACGCUGCGAGAUUUCGACCGGGCCUGUUCUCAAGCGGACACCUGAGCCUCCCCCCUCCUGUCCAGAUCAAGCUUGGGACGCAGCGUGGCCACCCUCUCCACGCGAGACAACUCUGCAGCCUCUGUCGAGACAGCUCUGCCCUAGAUUCGGUCCCGACCCCAGUCCCACAUCCGUGCCCGACACUGUUGCUUCCAUCCGCCCAAUGUCCUCUGAGAAGUGGCUGCCCCGCUACGAGGAGCUCGACGGCCUCAUCUUGAGCGUCUUUACCGACUCGUCCAGGUCUCUGCAGCACGAACUCGGUGUCUUGCUCGAGGACAACCGCCAUCGCAUCGUCUCGUUCUUCAGAAACGAGUUUCAUCAGCCCCGGAAACUGACUCGAGCCGAUGUCGCUCGGGAAGAAAACAAGCCCACAGACACAUACAUCGAGUACGUCAAUGUCUUUGGCGACAUCCUCAAGGUCGACGGCCUCUACAACCUGCCCGCCGUUGCCUCGUCUUCGCGAUCCCGGCUCGACAAGAACCCGCUCGAAGCCGGCAUCUACAUCUACCACGCAGACUCGCAGUACCUGAUUGCGUGCUUGCUGCAUCUGCUCGUCGGCUCGGCCGAUGCACGGAUUCCAGAGUCGACGCGCAAGCUGUUCCGGCACCAUCUCGACGAGAUCAUCCAGCAGGUCCCGCAGGGCUUCCUGCAGCUUUGCCUCAAAUACCUCUCUGCCCUGCACACCAGGAUCUCGGCCCACAAGACCUCGGCGUCAGCGGCCGUUCCGGCUUCGCUGCCGGCCUCUCUAACGGCAGACGAAUACAGGGCGCUUGUUAGCCUGCACGUCUCCAAGCUCGAGCAACAGAGCCUCGAUGUCGCCAAUCUCAUCUUCCACCUGUCCUACUACGCCGAUCUCUCCGAGUCCGAUCUCCGAACCGUCGUCCAGACCCUCAAGUCGUACGAGGACCAGCCCGUAUACGUCCUGUAUCUCCUGAGCUCGAUCCUGACUCUGGACAAUCAGAGGACAGUCAGCUCGAACACGGUCUUCCAGCUGAUCGACAAUGCGGCUCUGUUUAGGUCCCCUGAGCUCCGCUCGGUCCUGGCUCUCAAGAUCGGAAUGCAGCUCUCCCAGCAUCGCGCUGGCAACUCCAGCGGCGGCAUAGACGACACGGUGCGGCGGUACAUCGAUAUUGCCGUCUCCACGCCCAUCUUCCGAUAUCUUGUUGGCGUCGUCGAGAACGCCAAGUCGGUGCUGGAGAAGGAGUCGCUUAGCCUGUUCCUGCAGCUGAUCAAGGCCACCGUCGACAGCUUCCUGAAGAACAUGGGGCGCACCAUCUCCGACCUCAAAAACCGGAACGAAGACUCGCCCGAAAACUCCAACUUUGAGUAUCUGCUCCGCCUGAUCUCGACCAUUCAUGGGCAGGAGCCUGAUUUUGGCGUUGACUAUUGGAGAGACAGCCAGCUCUUCAACUUUGUCAAGUGGGCCCGUGGCCUGCGCUCCACGCUGCUGAUCCAAGCCUAUAUCGACAUGGUUGGCUCGAUCGCCUGCGGCCCGCUCAGCGCCAACUUUGCCCUGACCUUUCUGGAGGAGCAGGGCCUGUGGAAGCUGCUCUUUCUCUCCCUCAACAAGCACACGGCCGCCUUUACCAACCCAACCACCAAGGGCAAGUCCAUGGAUCCCGAGGAGAUCGAGACGAUGCUGGCGUUCCUGCGGCUGCUCAAAAACGUCGUCACCCACUCGCCAGAGGCCCGCAUCACACUCAACGAAGUCCAGCACUACCGUGCCGUCACUUCGCUCUUUGGGCUCCUUGUCUGCAAGAUUUCGAUCGAGCUCAAGGCUGCCCUCUUUGACACCGUCGCUGCCUUUGCCCUCCCCAUCGAGCACGCUUCCCACACCGAUAUCACGCAGCAAAUCUGGCUCUACAUGGAGGACGCCCAGGUCAUCUCGACGCUCCCACCGACCCAGAGUCAGAGCCAUCCCCAGCCCCAGAUCGAGGGUCUGCUCUACGACCUCGAGGAGACAGAGACCGCCUCCCAGACAUACCCGGAGACCCUGGCCUUCAUCCGGCUCAUCAACAACCUGCUGCAUCCACACAAAUAUGCCCUCAAUGCGGUCACCUUCAACACCCUUGGCGCUGGGCACCGCGUCCCGGGCAUCCGGCCGUACAUUCUCUACAUCAUCAACAAUGUGUUCUUGAAGCUGGAUACGCGCCCGUACGCCAACAAGCCUGAGAAGUACACUCUCUACGACGCCUGCUUGACCCUGUUUGAGCGCUCGAUGGUGAGCUUUGAUUUCCGCAAGAUGAUCGUCGACCACGAACUUGCCAUUCAGUCCGUCCCCGGCACGCCCGAGCAGAUCGACCCUGUCGCCGACGCCUUCCAAACGGCUCUCACGCGCCACCCAGGCUUUGAGAUCUACCGCCGUGUGCUCUCCCCCCCUGGCUCCGAGUUCAACCUGAAGCUCUUUGGCAUCCUCAAGGCGAACUUGGAGACCCUCAAUCAGACUGAUCCAGCGGGCGAAGUCAUCCGAAACUGCGUUCUUUUGGCCAUGCGCAUCGUCUACCGCAUUUUGCAGGAUCAAGAUGCCUUCAUCUCCGGCGCCAUUCGCACCCUGAUCGAGCUGAGGUCGAUCGCAAGUCCCAAGGUGAUUCUGGAGCCCCCAACUGUCGUUGACCUCAGCCAGUCGCUUGUCCAGCGGAGCGAUGUGGUUGUGCACCUUGCCCGCCUCAUCAACGUGCACGAGAGCCACGAGAUCUGUCUGCUUUCGGUCCACAUCAUCAAUGCCAUCUCGCACACAAGUGUUUUUUCGACCAUUGUUGGCGACGGCCACGUCCGAAUCAACCGUCUUGUCAAGUUCCUGGCCGGGUCUGAGUACUUCCGCCAAAUCAUCUACGGAUUUGUCGAGCGCCUGGAGCUUGAGGAGUCCGAGGAGCUCGAAAGCGAAGCCAAUGUUCCCGAGGCGAAUCUCACGCUCAAGGCUCCCGUCCGAUCCGGCCUCGUCAACGACAUCCGCAUCGCCAUCCUCGACUUGUUCCUGUCCAACGUCACAACGAACGUGCCGCCGCCCACGGUGGCCCACCUGCUGCUGGGCUACGACGUCAGCCGCCCGUUCUCGCAGACAAAAAUCGUUGACCCCAACUCGCCAAAUGCGACCAUCUCGUGUCUGCACGUCAUCCUCUCCUUGCUGGCACUGGACACGCCCUUCAAGGCCGAUCGGACCGAGAUCGACCGCCGCACCCUGGACUUGGACCAGCACGCACGCAAGGCCUUUUCCAACAACCACCCGCUGCUGAGUGAAAAGUGCCACGAGCUCAUCUACCGUCUGUGCGCCAACCCACAGACCUCUGGACCCACCACCCGCUAUCUCCGAACGCGCGAGUCCUUCUUCUGCAACCAGAUCAAGGGCAUCUACCUCGAGAUCGAGGCAGCCAAUCGCCCUGGCCAUGACGGCGACACGGCCAUGAACGGCAACUCGGCUCACUCAGAAAACAUGCCCGUCAAGCUGGCGCAGCUCCACCGCAGGUCAUGGCUCAUGAAGUCGAUCGCCCUCGAGCUGCACCUCACCUCAAUCCGGCAACAAAAGAACUACACCCAGCGUGUGAUCGAUCUGCUGUUCAAGAGCCAGUCGCCCGAGGACAACCGAAUGGACGAGGGCCGGGAGCAGCCGCUGCCUGUCAUCCUCGAGCUGCUCAAUUUCCUGGUCAUCCGCUUCGAUAACCUCGAAGAGAGCCCCAUCUUUGGCGAAAACUAUUUCAAACCCUCGCUUUACCACGAGUUCUUGGUGAGCAACUCUCGUGGCUGCCUUGUCUAUGACAUCCGAACUAUCCACGAAUACCUUAUGCACCACCGCCCUGGCGGCAACGAUAUCCUCGGGAUGCGUCAGGCAGCCAAGAGCAUCCUGGCCAAGCUCGUGGAGCGCAAUGCUGUGCGCGAGCUCUUCCACGCUAGCCAGGAGUGCAUCAGCGCCUGGGCUCAAAUCGUCAACACUACGCUGACCUCCAGCCUGGAGUGCAUUGACCCCGAGACCCGCCACGAGAUCCUGCGAGACAUCCUCCGGGCGAUCCUGGAGCGAGUUGAUGCAACCGAAACCGAGACGGCCACGGCCGAGACCAUGUCCGGGGUGGUGAUCCAUCUGGUCGCCAAGCUCCGCCAGAACCGCUAUAGGACGAGCGGCCUUGGCGUCAGCGCCCCUGCCCAGCUGCAACCUUCGCACACAACUACUCCUUUCCGACUGCCCGAGUCGACUCACCGGGCCAUCCUGGACGGCAUCGUCAGGGGCAUCACCCGGCCGGACUCGACCAUGUUUAUGCGUGGUAACUACUACGGCGCUCUUCUGCAGUACCUCGAGUAUGCAAUCAUGCCCGAGCCUCGUCUCCUGUCCAUCGGCUCCGAUGUCAGCCUUCACAGCAUCGAGAAUGGCGGCGAGCGCAUCUACGAAGUCAUUUGCCGCGAUGCCGUCGACGGCGACGCCAUCUGGAAGACCGUCGCCUUUUCGGUCCUUGCCUCAUUGGUCAAUCUGCGCAACAAGAGCAGCAACAACCGCGGAGCCAACCGCGACUUGGUUGGCUUCUUGACUCGCCGCAGUUUCCUUCGUAGCUUUGUGGCCAACCUGGCAAAGGACGACGAAGUUCUGCAGCUUCUCAUCCGCGACGGCGCCGAAGAUCGCCUUGAUGCCCUGUAUAUCUACGAAACCAAGAUGACGCUGCUGCUGCGUAUCGCCCAGACUCCUGAAGGCGCCGCAAGCCUGUUCGACUCUGGCAUCAUGGACACGCUCAUCCGCCUCAAGUUUAUCGAUCAGCGUCCCGAAAUCGACACCACGUCCCUUGAUCUCAGCACCCUCUUCCCGGCCAAGGUUGAGCGUUACCAGAUGGCACUUACAUCGGCGCUCCGCCUGAUUACCACCCUCGUCGAGCAACUCAGCGGCCGCAAGAGCAUUGUCGACAAGAUCGAGCAGUUUGUCCUGCAACACCAGAACGUCAUCAAUGUCAUCAUGCGCGACCGACGAAGCGUCGUCACCGUUGACUCGCUUAGAGAGCUGGACCAGAUAACCACCAUUCUGUCGUUCCUGUCGAUCCGCUCCCGCGCUCUCGAGUCUGUGCUCCCCGGCAGCGGCCAGCACACCUUCCAGACCCUCAUGACCGAUGUGUUUGCCAGGUACUCUCUGCCUCACAAAUGGCUGACUCAGCUGCGAGCUACCACCGACGUCGAAGUCUUCAAGCAGAGUGAGCGCUCCUCAUUGUCGGACACUGCCAUUCUGCACCACGAGGCCAUCACGGUCUCGCAGCAGAUUUGCAGGAAUGUCUUGAUCUAUCUCCAAGCAAUCACUGACCCCGGAGAUCACCAGUUCCGGCCCUUCUUCAGUCCCUCACUUGCCCACGACGAUGGGCGAUAUCAGAACUCUGACGGCCAUCCUCCGCUCUCGGUCCUCUCGUCGCACCUGGAAUAUACCUUUAGCCAGUACAGAGUCGCAGUCAAACUCCACCUGGAUCUGCAAAAGAAGCUCCUGAAUCCCAGUCAACUCGAAGCUGGCGAGGUCGAAAAGAUCAUCUUGAAAAGCGGUGCCCUCAAGGAAGGUCUCACCAAGGCACAGAAGGAGGAGAUCUGCCAGCUCGAGCUGCAGAGCGUUGUGAAGCAGGCCCGACGAAAGAUAUCGUCAUCGAUCUUGAUCAUCGAGCAUCUCCUGCUGCUGCUCUGGAGACACCUCAAGUACUUCCUGUCGUCGCCCUCAAAGAAGCCUCACGAGCUGCUCCGAGUGUCGACGGCCCCAGACAGCCGCGACACUAUCCGUGAGACCAUGGCACAGCGAAGCGAGGCUGCCCGGACCCUCGUCCCGCUGCUCAAGUCUCUGCAGGAGCUCGAUCUGGACGACUCCUUGAUCAAGCAUGCCUCUGAGCGGGCGGCUUUGAGCCAGUCCAUCUCCCGCCAGAUCAUCAGUCUUCUGCAGCCGCAACAGUGAACCUCUCACUCGUGGGUGCGGGAUGUGGAUGGUGGUCCCUUUGCAAUGCACUGUCGCCAGAACUGCCAAAGAAAUAUGAUCUCUCUUGCGACCCCGAGUCACGCACAUCCAU